AAGAUGUUUGUUUUCCUCAGCUUGGUGGCGGCCUUCCUUGCCCUCACAGCUGGUGCCCCAAUACAACGGGCAAGCACCGGCCACAAGCUCCUGCUGGUAUCCUUUGAUGGCUUUCGGUGGAAUUACGACCAAGAUGUGGACACCCCCAAUCUAGACACCAUGGCAAGAGAUGGGGUGAAGGCGCGCUACAUCACUCCUCCUUUCGUCACCCAGACAAGCCCUAUUCACUUCACUCUGCUGACUGGAAAAUAUAUUGAGAACCAUGGGGUGAUUCACAAUAUGUGGUUCAAUACCAGCAGUGGACAGAAGCUUUCUUAUUACAAGACACAGGGGAUGUCAGACUGGUGGGACAAUGGCAGCCUCCCAAUCUGGAUCACAGCACAAAGACAGGGCUUGAAGACAGGUUCCCUUUAUUUCCCUGGAGGGAAUGCCACCUACCAAGGAGAGCAGGUACAUUUGAAGAAGGUAGAGAAGUCCUUCCUUCACCCAUACGGCAAUGAGACUGAGUGGCGGCAGAACAUUGACACAGUCAUGAGGUGGUUCACUGAAGACAACCUUGACUUUGUUGCACUUUACUUUGGAGAACCUGACUCCACUGGACACAAAUUCGGCCCAGAAUCCCAGGAGAGGAAAGACAUGGUCCGUCAGGUGGACCGGACAGUGGGAUACCUGAGACAACGCAUUCAGGAGAGCAAGAUGACCUCAGUACUCAACCUGAUCAUCACAUCAGAUCAUGGCAUGGAAACUGUCAUCAAAGAGAAUGAAAUUUACCUCCGUAAUGUGGCAAACUUCUCUUUUCAGGACAUUCAGUUUGAGCUGCUAGAUUAUGGACCACAAGGAUUAUUGAUACCAAAGCCGGGGAAACUGGAAAAAGUAUAUGAAGCCCUGAAUAAUUCUCACCCCAGACUCCAUGUCUAUAAGAAGGAGGAGCUUCCACAAAGAUUUCAUUAUUCAAACAACACUCGGAUCACACCUCUUAUAUUAUACGGCGACCCUGGAUACGUGAUCCAUGGGCGGCUCAAACUACAGUUCAAUAAAGGAGAGCACGGGUUUGACAAUGAGGAUAUGAACAUGAAGACCAUCUUCCGAGCUGUGGGACCAGCUUUCAAGAGAGGACUGGAGGUGGAGCCUUUUGAAAGUGUUAAUAUUUAUGCCCUUCUUUGCAAACUGCUGAAGAUUACACCCGAGCCAAAUGAUGGAUCCUUGAGCGUCACGCAGGAGAUGCUGGCUACCAAUGCAGACAUGCAAAUGCCUCAAAGCUAUAUGCCUGAGAAAUCAGACAUGCAAAUACAGGUUGACGUGAGCACCCAUUAG